AUGCAGCGACAAUGGCGGCGGCUUCGGGGAGGCAGCAGAGCAGUCAGGAUGCUGGGGAUGCUGGCCAUGGUGGCAGGUGUAGCAGGAGGAUCAGUAGGAACCCUCCCCGCAGCUCCUUCCCCAGGAGUUGACUUCUCUGGGGUCGUGGAGGGCGUGAAGGAGUUUCUAAAGGGAGGAGUAGCCAAUGGGUUGGGAGCGUUCUCAGUUUUCCCCAUCGAUCUCGCAAAGACUCGCAUCCAGGAUCAGAGGAUUGUUGCAGGAAGUGAGGUGAUGUAUAAGAACAUCUUCGACACCAUUGCAAAGGUCGCGUCCAAGGAGGGGAUCCCAGCUCUCUACAGCGGGGUAACCCCAGUUCUGAUCGGUGCAGCUCCGGAGGGUGCCAUGCAGAUCGGAACGAACAACGUUGUUCGCAGCAAGUUGGCAGAGAUGAGGGGUACCACGAUAGACAAGCUCCCUCUCUCUCACGACAUGUUCGCCGGAGCAUGCGGAGGUUUAGCUCAAGUUGUUGUCAGCACACCCAUGGACAGGGUGAAGAUUUUGCAGCAAGUGAUGGGGAAGGAGUCAGGAAAUGCUAUGCAGAUUGUGCAGCAAGUUGGCCUCUCUGGGUUGUACCAAGGAGCCAAGGCUUGCGUGCUCCGUGACGUCUUCUUUGCGGCCCUCUACUUCCCCAUCUACUACCGUGUCAAGUCAGCGUUGCAGGAGGUCGGAUCCAAGAAGGGGCAGAAGAGACAAGAGAACUUGUUGGACGCUCUGGUUGCUGGACUUGCUGCGGGAGUGCCUGCAGCGUCGCUCACGUGCCCCUUCGAUGUGAUCAAGACGAGGAUGCAGUCCUGUGGCGUUGGAACGAAGGGCUGCGACGUAAUGGUUGCCAGCAUCCGUUCCACUGCUGCCGAGCUAUGGGCAGAGGGCCAGGCGAGAGCCUUUUUCAAGGGCCUGACUGGACGUGUUGGACGCGUUGCUCCUCAGCUCGCGAUCUGCCUUGUGGUGGUGGAAGCGCUCAACAUCGCGUUUCCUCCCAAGGGAAAGUGA